AUGGGGAAAGGAUCCAACGUGCAAAAGGCUCAGCAAGCCAGGGAGCGGAAUCAAAAGAAGAUGGGAAAAUCUGAUGAAGAAAGAAAAGCAGCUUCUGACAAGGCCAAGAAAGACGCUGCAGCCAAAAUGUGUCUAAUCUGCAAGCAGACGUUCAUGGUCAAUGCUCGACCACCAUUGCUUUACCAACACCUCGUUGCCAAACAUCCAGACAUGGUUGAUGACCCGGCGAAGUGGGUGCAGGCCCUUCCUGAUCUAGCUGGCUUUGAUCCGAACGAUCCAAAGGGCGAAAAGGCAGCCGCGAAGGCGAAACAAGAUGAAGCUGCCGCCAAGAAAAAGCAGGCAAAGAAAAAGAACGAUGCCGGCUUGGACGAUCUAUUGAGUGCUGGCCUUACUGUGACUAAGAAGAAAGGAAAGAAAUGA